AAAAGAAGACAAGAUGAACAAGGAAAGCGAAUGGUGAAAAAGGAAGAUAAAGUGAACGAACAACGGGAGAAGCAAAUGGCAAGGAAAAAAGAAAAAUGGCAAAAGAAUGGUGAGGAAGGCCAACAAGAAAAGAAGAAGCAAGAAAACAAGACGAACGGCAAGAAAAAAGAAGAAGCAAGAAAGACAAAACGAAUGGCAAGGAAGGCAAAUG